AUGAAGAUAAAGACCAUUAGUAGAAGCUCGGAUGAUUAUGUUCCCGUCAAAAGUGCACAGGAAUCGCAGUUACCUAGGAAUUUGAAUCCUGCUUUGCAUCCGUUUGAGAGAGCUCGGGAAUAUACCAAAGCCCUUAAUGCUACAAAGCUUGAGCGGAUGUUUGCCAAACCUUUUGUGGGUCAAUUAGGAUAUGGUCAUCGUGAUGGUUGUUACUUAAUUGCGAAGAAUUAUAAUGUUUUAAAUAAGUUGGCGACAGCAUCAGGUGACGGAGUUAUUAAAUAUUGGAAUUUAUCAACCAGGGAAGAGGAAUGCAGUUUUAAAGCUCACUACGGGCUUGUUACAGGUCUUUGUGUUACACCAUCUCACCACGGAUCCGGAACUAAUGAGAGUUUUAUGUUAUCAUGUGGUGACGAUAAAACUAUUAAGGUAUGGUCAGUUAAUGGUGAUAGCUUUGACAAUAAAGAUGACACAACUUUAUUACAGGGAUCAGGAAAUGGAGGUUUAGUUAAGACAUUUUAUGGUGAAAAUGCUUUUCAAGGACUGGAUCAUCAUAGGAGCCAGUCUUUGUUUGUAACAGGUGGGUCACAGAUAGAGCUUUGGGAUAUAAAUCGGAAGAAGCCUGUAUCAAAUCUAUCAUGGGGCGUGGAUAAUAUAUCCUCUCUGAGGUUUAACCAAAACGAGCCAGACAUUUUAGCAAGCGCUGGAAGUGAUAAUUCAAUUGUACUUUAUGAUCUACGAACAAACUCACCAACUCAAAAGUUGGUUCAGACUAUGAGAACGAAUUCAAUCUGCUGGAAUCCUUUAGAGCCCUUUAAUUUUGUUACGGCUAAUGAGGAUCACAACGCUUACUACUAUGACAUGAGGAAUAUGUCACGCGCCCUACACGUAUUCAAAGACCACGUAAGUGCGAUUAUGGAUGUUGAUUUCUCUCCUACAGGCGAUGAAAUUGUUACUGGGUCAUACGAUAAAACCAUCAGAAUCUUCAAUGUGAAACAUGGUCAUUCUAGAGAAAUCUAUCAUACCAAGCGUAUGCAGCAUGUCUUUCAAGUGAAAUUCACGAUGGAUAGCAAAUAUGUCGUCAGUGGAUCAGAUGACGGUAAUGUUAGAGUAUGGAGGUCCAAGGCAUGGGAGAGAUCAAAUGUGAAGACUACACGCGAGAAGAAUAAGUUAGACUACGAUGAGAAACUGAAGGAGAGAUUCAAGCACAUGCCUGAGAUUAGACGUAUCAGUAGACACAGACAUGUUCCUAAAGUUAUUAAGAAGGCUGAAACGAUCAAGAAGACACAGUUAGAUGCUGUAAAGAAGCGCCAAGCAAACGAGAGGAGAACGAGAAAAGAUAUGCCAUUUAUUUCUGAAAGACAGAAGCAGAUCGUCGGCACUGCGCAUAAUUAUGCAGGUGGCGUCAAGAAUCACACCAAAGGGGACAAUGAAUCUGAAGAGGCAGAGUAA